AAAGGACAUGCGAAACGGAAGUCACGAGCAAGUGCGACAGCUGUACGUACGAGCGCGCGCGGGACAAAAACUGUUUGUAUUCAAGUAUAUAUAGAUAUAUAAGUAAUUUAUAUAAUUUUUUUUUAUAAAAAAAUACGCGUUGUAAAAGUGUGUAAUCAAAAGUCGUAAAAAGCGAAAUAUUUCCAAAAAGUUGUGUGAAAUUUCGCACGAGCACCGUUAACCACAGCUUUGCGCGCAGCCGGCAGCACAAUUUACUGUUGGUCGAAAGUGCGGUCGCUCAACGCCGGUGCAACGCUUCUGCCACCGGGGCCACACAGCAAACUCGCAGCAGCCGGUGACCAGCUGCAACAACAACAAGCUGAGCUUACAACACUGUACAGUUGUGGCUCAAAGCAAGGCGGCUACUAAAAAUAGUAAAGGAAAGUUUAAAUAGUGCUUUCCUAAAAAGCGGCGCAAGAAGACUUGCGGCAAAAAGCAGUGCAAUCAAACGUGUGCAAAUAAGUGGUGCAGAGAACAUACAAAGGAAAUAGCGGAAAUAAGAAAAAACGCCGCCGAAAUUGUUGACUAUGGCGUCAGAGUAGCCACAGCUUCUUUAGGCAACGUGCCACAGCUGUGCAACAACACAAAAUAACAAAAAAAGUAACAAAAAAGUAUAUGUGAAAUUAUUGGCGGAAAUGAAGCAUGCAACUUGUGUCCAUUGCUGGCGUUGCCUGAUGGAAACAGUCAUACAGCAGUCAAUAGCCGACAGCCAACAACGAACGCUGCGACACAGACGAGACUAUCAGUAGCAGCUGCAGCAUCAAGUGCCACGACAGCUUAGCUCAUCCGCUCUUCAACGCCACCUCGGCCACACUUGGCGCCACAGCUACUGCCUUGCCAUCGCCUGUGCAACGUCCAAGCGCCACCGACAACAGCCAGCAGCGCGCCACAUCAAAGUGUCGAGGAAGCAAGUAGAGGAAAUUAAAAUUUGCAUGUGAAAGGAGCCGAGUCCUUGCAUUGCCUGGCAUUCGCUUUCAACGCUGGCUGAGCUUUCGGCGCACAGCGCUUAAAACGUGUGGAUUUGUGCCGAUUGCCAAGGCGCAAAAAAUCAGGCCGAGCAUUUCGCACUCACAACGGAGGCGGUCGUCUGGCUUUAGUGCGUUUUUUAUGUGUGUGUGGUGCCACUGCGUUGAGCAAAAAAUAUACGCCAUAAGCGAAGGCUCAGUGCCUUUCGAAGUGGAAAAAAUUGUGUAAACAACAACAAGUACAAAUAGAGCGGGGAAAACACUUUGCGCAAAUCAACACCAUUGCUAACUGCAAUUUCAAUUUCUGUGCGGCGCCGCAACGCCGACGUAGGCAAUCUUGUUUGCCCUGCAGCCAACGGAGGCGCGGAAAGUGUUAAGUGAAAAUUGAGGAGUGAGAAGUGUUGGACGCGAAGUGAUAAGUGAAUAGUGCUUUCUAUUUUCGCUUUCUCGCAAAAAAACGGAUUUAGUACGCGUGUGUGCGUGAGUGUUUUUUAACGGUAAAUACAAAGCACGUGCACGCCUAGACCGCGUAGUAGACGACGCUGUUUGUGGCAUUAAAUACGCAGUCGCUCACAAAUGCGGCAGCCGUGUGGCUAGUAGAAUCGACAAAGCAAGCUUGGUGCCCUGCUGCCACCCACAGUCUUACGUGUGGCAAGCAAAUAUCAUUACGCUUCGUGGUUGUUGAGUGUCACUGUCACUGCCACAAAAGAUAACAACGCCAGCCAGCGAGCAAUAACAACACAAAACCAGCAACAGAGUGGCACGCACGAACUGCAACGGUGGUACAUGCCACAUGCCACAUGAACGCAUGCCAGCAUUUAUCCGUACCAACUUCAGCUUAGACUUUUUGCAUAACAAUCAACCGAGCGAGCAAUCGAACGGGCACGCGUGCAGGCCAUGCCACAUGCGGCAUGCAGCUGCCACUGCUGAAGCAGCAACUAUUACUCAACUCUAAUACCAAGUGCUACUUGUAGUGGCAUCCAUAUAGCCGCCGUUAUUGGCAGAACCCACCGCAUCGUUAGCGUGCAGCGCCGACUGCAGCACAAGCAACAGCAUGCCGUCACCGACGUCCGCCUCGGCGCCUUCGUGCGCCUCUGGCUUUAUCGCUUAUUCAGCAAUCGUUUUGCUUUGCACUUCCGGAAUCAAAGCCAGUUGGGAGGAAUGGUGGACAUAUGAUGGCAUAUCCGGACCAAGUUUUUGGGGCCUUAUCAAUCCGCAAUGGAAUAUGUGCAACAAAGGUCGACGCCAGUCACCAAUAGACAUAGUGCCCGACAAAUUACUCUUCGAUCCAUAUUUGCGGCCAUUGCACAUCGAUAAGCACAAGGUUUCCGGUACACUACACAACACAGGUCAAUCGCUCGUCUUCCGCGUCGACAAGGACACAAAGCAGCCGGUGAACAUCACUGGCGGCCCACUUGCCUAUCGCUAUCAAUUCGAGGAGAUUUACAUACACUACGGCACUGAGAACAGUCGGGGGUCAGAGCACUACAUACAGGGUUACAGUUUCCCCGGCGAGAUACAAAUCUACGGCUUCAACAAGGAACUCUAUCACAAUAUGUCCGAGGCGCAGCACAAGUCACAGGGCAUUGUGGCGCUCUCGCUCAUGGUGCAAAUUGGGGACACGCCAAACCCCGAACUGCGAAUUAUUACCACCACUUUCAACAAGGUUUUGUACCGAGGGUUUUCCACACCCAUCAGGCACAUAUCAGUGCGAUCACUGUUGCCAAAUACGGAUCACUACAUCACCUACGAAGGAUCCACAACGCAUCCUGGCUGCUGGGAGAGCACCGUUUGGAUAAUUGCAAACAAACCCAUUUAUAUCACAAAGCAAGAGUUGUACCAACUCCGACGACUGAUGCAAGGCUCCGAGAGUACACCGAAAGCGCCACUAGGCAAUAAUGCGCGUCCCGUGCAGGGACUACACCAUAGAACCGUAAGGACAAAUAUAGACUUUAAGCGUAAUAAGAAUCAAAACUCGUGUCCGACCAUGUACAAGGACAUGUAUUACCGAGCGAAUCGCUGGUCACCGGACACCGGCUUAUUGAUUCGUUGACCCAACACAGGGCACAUGCAAAUAAAUUACAAUAAUAUUAAUAAUAAUAACAAUACUGGUAAUGGUAAUGGUAAUCAUAACGUUAGUAACUGUAAUAGUAUUGGUGACAUGCGCAUACACUACAUUUGCGAUAAGUGUAAAGGCAACGGUAAUAAACACUACGACACGCAUGCGUACAACAACAGCAGUAACUGUGAAAAUAACAACAACAACAACACCAACAGCGGCAUCAGCAUUGGGGCGCUGAGAGAUUGCCGUUGUAUGCCGAAUAAUUAUGAACGCAGCAUUUGUGGUCAGAAUUGCAGCUGCAACAACACCAGCAACACGGCAACAAGUGACAACUUUAAUUGUGGCAACAAUGGCACACGACAAACAACAGCAAUAUGCUCGAGCGCUGCGGCGAGUGUCGGCAAUUUGCGUGCAGCAAUAAAUGUGCGCGAUAAUAAUCGAAUUCGUUAUAACGGCCACCGUGCGGGGCGCGGCAAUCGCGAAGAUAGCCGCAGUGCCGCGGCGAAUGCGCCAAUGCGGCAGCUGCAACUGUUGCUGCCAAUUUCAGCGCUGCCCAGCGCGCGCUCCAACUUCGCGCUUUUCCACGCUUAAUUUCGCACAUUUGUCAUUAUUAUGCCGAUACGCACACAAAUGCAAUUCUUUGCGCAUGCACACACUCCUACAUACAUGCAUUUUUGUGAGCGGCGUGUGUGUGGUGCAUGCCUCGUGUGGAGCAUAUUUAAAAUAUUCGCUGCUUUUCGUUAUUAAAUUAAAUUGUAAUUCGAUUCAGUUUGGCAACACUAUGUAAAAAAAAUAAAAUAAUUAACAAAUUACAUACAUACAUACAUACGAAAAUGUGUGGCAUCAGGUAUACUACGCGCAACUCGAAAGCUUCAUGCAUUUAAUGUGCGAACGAAAUGCAAAUGAAUCAAUACUAACGGUUUAUCUGCAUACCCAGCAACAGUUGUGCGCAUGUGUGUGCGCCUUUGAGCCAUUGUAUGGGUACACCUAUACUCCAACACAGAAAAUAUACAAUAAUUGUAGCUAAAUAGAACUCAUAAUAAUGAAUUAAUAUGCAAACUGUAUGGGCGGACAAUAACUACAAAAUAACUAGCAAAAAUUAAUUAAUGGACACCGUAAAUACAUAUACAUACACACGUGCAUAUAUAGUUACUUACGAAGUAUAAGCAAACAAAGCAAACCAAACCAAAUAAAAACUCUCCAGCAAACCGAACUCUACGCAUACUUAUAUACUCAAUAAAUCUACUCAUUAGUCAGAACUAUAAUUAUGUAUAAUUAACCGCUUCUGCUUGACUCAUACUCACUAUCACCCAUACAGCAACGAUAAUGCAAGGUAAAGCAUGAAGUAAUGUAUCAAUUUUAUAGCCCUAAUGUAACUAGUUUGUGAGUAGUGUUACCGUUAUUUCGUAAGCUGCUUUAUUUCUCUUUUAGAACAACAUAAAAGCGCUGGCGAAAAAAAAUAUCCGCGAAAAUCCAAACGAGUUCUUCAUUGCGGGAUUCAGAUAGUUAGACAGCGACAGCUCGAGAAUUCAGUGACUAAAAAUCAGAAGUGUGCUAUGUCACAGCAUUCUCUACAUCAUCGAUAACUGCAGGCUAAAUGUAAAUAUUUUCAAGAUGAUGGAACCAUUCUUCACUCUAACCGCUAACCAGUUUUCUCUAUUAAAAGUAGCCAAGCAGAACGCAUAUUUCAAAAGUUAGUGUCAUGAUGUUGUUGCUAUGUAGACUUGCUUUAGUAUAUUUUGGUUCUAUAUUACUGUCACUUUAACGGACGUUCGAUUUGUAAACUCAAAUUUGAAAAGUUAUUCGAUUCUCCUGCAGUAUUCGAAUCGAAUACAGAAGAUAUUUCCUGGUGACUUUCUAAUUUUCUUCGUAAAGCUUCCUAGCGGAUUAGUACUGUAUAAUAGCAAAAACUUUGUCUCAUCUAACAUAUUCCCAUGCAAAAGGUUUAAAUUCUCAAAUUUAUUGUAUUCCCGAAUACAGAUUUUUCCACGAAAGAACUCAAAUUCUAUUCUCAAGAUGUUUGUUGAAAUUCAACCCUUAACUUAGAGAAAAAGUAUUUACUUUAAAGCAAGCUGAUAGUUCCUAUUAAUUUUAGAGGUUUAUAGUAAUGAACCUUAAACUUCUCAAAAAUAUCGGCGACUUCUAAGAUGAUAGGAACAGAAUUGAGGUGGGCUCCAACAACAUAAAGAAGCUGCUCCGCAUGGAGGAGAGACCCGGAGACAAAUUUCGUCUACUAAUCGCAUUCUAUACAUGAAACUGCAGGCUCAAAAAGCACUUGUCCAAUAUAGGCAUGGUCUUUUGUGAAAAAUGCCAGUUUUGCGACAUGAAACCACAAACUACUGAGCAUCUGCAUAAAGGGUUGUACAGUAUUAUGUAGAUGCAGGCUCAAAGUCUUUGAAUUCAUUUAUCUGGAUAAGGAUCACAUCAUCUCAUAGCGCACAGAAAGUUCCUGGAAUUCAUCAGAGUGCUAGGCCAUUGUGCAUAUAAAGGGUGAUCCAUUUUGAAGCUGGAGAACAUUCUUUGGCAUUAAUUUUUGAAGAUUAUCGCUUUCAAAUGUUGGCAGCGGCUACCUACCAGCAGCUCGCUCGAACAUUUCGACUGGUGAUCGACCGCCACAAAACGUGAAAUUAUUUGCUCACUGAAGUAUUCUCUCAAUAAAUCCAUUGAUUGAUGUGAUGUGUGGGAAGUGCCGCCGUUUUGUUGAAACCAAAGGUCGCCGAGAUCACAACCUUGAAUUUUUGACAUAAAAUAUUUGGUUAUCAUAGCGCGAUAACAGUCGGCAUUGAUGGUUACGUUCUCACCCGCAUCAGUUUAGUAGAAAUAUGUACCAAUGAUCCCACUGACCCAUAAACCACACCAAAUCGCUGAACAAAAUUUGGCUCGAAAACUUCGGAUAUUCUUGGAACUUUUCACAAGCCCACAGAACAAAUCUAAUGUCGCUUGGAAAGGUAGAGCGACUUCAGUUCCUGCACAAGCUGUAUUUUGUACGUUUUCCAAUUUAAGAUCUCGACGCAAAUUCAUUCAAGUCAUUCCACACGUCGGUCAAAGAUGCUGCGAACGACUCCGAAUUAACUCUCCACGGUCUUCGGUCUUCUUGUACACUCUCAGCAACGACUGCCGUAUUUUCUUCACUGCGAGCUGGAUGUGAUCUAUUCGGUCGAAUAUUAUCCAAUAGUAAAUGGUGGGUCUCAAGAUGGGCGAUGGUGUUGCGAAUAGUACGCUCAGUAGAUCGAUUAUGUUCACCAUUAGUUGAGCCAAGCGUGCAAAACACAUUCUUCACAGAACAAGAAUUUUCGAAAUAAAGUUGAAUGAUUUGUAAGCGUUGUUCAGGCGUAAGGCUUUCCGCGAAGAAGUGCUAUACAAGAGUGAACCAAGAUAACAUGACUGCUUGACACGACUCACGCGUGAUCUGUCAAAAAAGGCUAUUGAAAAAAGUUCCUGUAGAUGGAUCACCCGUUAUGUGAUAGAGAAGAGAACACGGCGAGGUUGCGGUGCAAACUUCAAUUAAGUUCUAUGGUAUUCCAAAAAAUGUCGCAACUAGGCGAAGUGCUUGUUCGCAUACCCCUUAAUUCGAAAAAUUUAUAAAUAUAUAAUUCAUUGACAAUAUUUUAUUUAUUGGAUGUAUACUGUAUUAAGGGCCUUUCUGAAGCCCAUCCAUAACCUCAGCAAUUAUCAUACACGCCAAACUGUUGUUUUGUCCUUCAGCAUAGCAUAUUAUAACGGUAAAAAUUCAUGUUAACAUAGAAACUGUAAAUUAAAUAAAAAAGCAAAUUAGACAAGUAUUUAAAGGAGGAGUGAAUUGUGUUGCUCUCAGUAGGCGCUAACCAUUAGAGAUUAAUCCCAGUGAGUAAAAUAGGCGGCCGCAAUUUGUUUUAAGUUAAAACGCCUAGUAAUUAGCUGAUAAGUACGUUAGUGACUAAAGAACCUAGAGUGUAGUGCAAAGGCUGCAAAAUGUUAGUAAAUGUGUGCAAUUCAGUUGAAAAUAUUUAAUAUCGGAAAGUAGUAAUCAAAAUACAAAGUAAACAAAGCGACACAAGGAAGUCAUUAUUUAAGUGUUUGUUGGUUAAUUUCGCAUACGAAUAACUCAUAACUGUGUAAUAUGUGUGUAUGAAUUAAUGUAAAAAUCAGUCAUUAAAUAUAUAAUUGCGAGGCAAAUAUGAUUAAUAAUGUACUGGAGGUGCGUACAUUUGUAAUGAGUUAUUAGACACUUGUAAAAAUGUGCAAUGCAUUAAUUAUUUCUGUGCAAAAAGUUAAGAUUAUUCCGUUAGUUAUGGCGUAUAAGUAAAUUAAUUAAUUAAUAAGUUGAUAUUUACCGCUAACAAAUGAAGCAGACAAAAACUAAAAGUUAAAUAUUUAUGAAAUAAGGAAGGAAACUGAAUGUAAAGUUAUAUAUGCAAUGAGUUGAUGGGUUUAUAGCCAAAGUAAUGGCAGUAAAACGCUGCAAACACAAAACGUCAACUGCAACAUAGCGAAAACGAAACGAGAAAAGAAUAAAAACUAAAAUUAUAUCAAA